AUGAAAUCCGAGGACGGCGAGCACCAAGUACUCAGCCCAUGGUCUUCCUCGCCACGGGGACCCGCGGCGGCUCCGUCUGCCACGACUUCGGCGUCGCAGUCUACGUGGCGUCGCUGGGUGCGGCUGCUCGCCUCGUUUCGACCGCGCACCCACGAGCCCACAACUAUGACGGUCACCAUGCCGGCCACGGUGGCCGCCAUCAUGGACAACUCGUCCGUACAGCGCAUCACGCUGAUGCUGGGCUCCUGCCUCAUGUGGACCAUGCUGGCGGUGCUGGGCCGGCGCAGGCACUCGGUGGAGCACACGGCCCGCCUUCUCUUCUUCGUAAGCCUGGGCGCUUUCGUGGGCGUGCUCAGCUGCACCUUGCGUAUGACGCGCCCCCACGGAUCCAUCGCCGUCAACGCUUCCGUGGUCGUGCGCGGCUUCACCACCGCCUUCGCGUUCGCUGCCAGGUUCAUGUCCUUGAUACAUCUCCGCAUCGUAGACUCUGCGGCGCUGACAAGCAUGGCACCCGUUCUGGCAGGCCUACCCACCUUGGCGGUGUCCACGACACAGAGACCUGUAUGGUUCGUCUUCUCGCUGACGUGCCUGGUAACGGCCAUGGGGCUACUGUUGUACCAGGACGAAGGGAUGGGUUCGCAGAGACUGCAGAGCUUUGGGUGGGCCUUCCUGUCUGCCUGCCUGGUCGCUGGCCAAGAGUUUUUCGCGCACACCACGAAGGACAUCCCCCAGGGGGUGCUGCUGCUCCACUCGUCCUUCACAUCGCUCCUCUUCUCAACCCUGCUCGCCGGCAACGUGCUCGAAAGCCCCAAGGCGCUGCUGACCAAGGUCGGCAUGGGUGAGAUGAGCAUGGCCAGCCAGACGGCGUUCGCCUACGUCUUCUUCGUGUCCAAGGCGCGCGAGACGGACCAGGGACUGGCGAACAUGUACAAGUACGCCAUGGACGUGCUCAUGGCGUGCGCUCUCACGUGGACGUUCCUGCCCGAGGAUGUCGUGCCACGUUCCAGCUACGGAGCGGCCGUUUUCGUUCUUUGCGCCGUCGUGACGGCCGAGGUGCAGCGGCUGCACUACAUGCCUCGACCAGCGCCAGGCGCCAGAGUCCGCAUGCGCUUCUUCAUGUGAAACCCGCAGCUUCACUCCGAUUGCUCUCUGUAUUUUCAAGCAAUAAUUAUCAAUAUCGUCUCGUCUUUUA